AGUGACAAACAACAGAAAAAGUCAGGGUUGUGCCUGUUUUCCUUUUUCUAACAGAGCCAUGGACAGAGAGUGUAAUGUAUGUUUUGGUGGAAGGUUGUUCUCCACAUUGGAAAAGGACUAGCAUCCAAAUUACCACAUGUAAUUCGAAUGAAGACAGCUUUGCUCUUAAUAGUGAUUGAACAGAAGUUAAACAAAGACAUUUUGGAAAAUUGAUUAAUUGACAGUUUUGAAAAUGUGCAAUGAGUGAUACAGAGUGAUACGGUUUUCAUUCUGGAAAAGCUAAAGGCUGAAGGACUAGCAAAGGAUGAAACUAUGAAAAUUGCAAACUCAGCUCCAUCAAAUUUUACAGAUGUAAAACAAAGGACUUGUUGGAGUAAACCAGUAGAAACCAAGUUGACUUCAAGACAUAAUACAAAUGAUCUCUACUCAACUUUGAAACAGGCAAAGAAUCAAAGGUAAAAAAUUCUGCAGAAGAGGUCUAUAUGCCAGGAAAAAUUGUUUAACAGCACAGUUAUAAUACCAUGGAGCAGAAACCAUUGAAAGAUUCAGAUAGAACAAGAUCACUGAUACCCAUCUUGCUAAUGCCAUCUCCGAGCAAAACUUCCUCAAAAUGCAGGUCUUCAUCGUUACCCAGAAAUAUUAAAACGGUUCCAGCUGCCAAACUGGAGAAAAUAAGUUCUUCACCGAAACAACUCCAGAAAUACCAGUUAGAACUGCAGGAGCCAGAACUCGAUAUGACUUGUCUAUAUCUGGAGACAGAACUUCAGCACACACAGGAGAAGCUGAAAAAGCUGACAGAAAAAUUACGAAGGACACAAAGCAAUCACACAGAGUUGCAAAGAGUUAACCAGGAUCUUGAAAAGAAGCUGCAUAGGAUGGUUGAGCUACAUGAAGAGGAAAAGAGAAAUGUCAGCCAUGAAGUCACCACCUUAUGUAAUCAGCUAAUGGAAGCCAAAAUAACCAUCAACAAAUUAUUAGGAAGCAAAUUACCAGCAGAAGUUGAAGAAAGGAUCCAUGCAGAGAAGUGUGGAUAUAAUACUCCUGGGACUGACUGUCUUUCAUCUUUCUUCGACACCGAAGCUGAGCUUUUACACCAACCUGAACCAAUUGGUUCACCAGGGUCUGCGAUUCCUGUGUCACCCUCAAGAAAGGUUACUUAUGACCAUUUGAACAACACUAAUAAACCCGACCAACGGUCACCUUGCAAGUCUAACUUAUAUCAUAGUGAUACAGCUCUUUACUGCCCUGCAGAACAGAGAGACAGAAGGCAAGUGAGAAAUGCUCAUUUUUUAAAAUCACAGAGCUUUACAGAUAGCUGCACAGAAGCCGAGGGCUUCGAUCCAACUCUCGCAAGUGAAAUGCUUUUAAAUUAUGAUGCAUCAACACCAAGUUCUUCAGACUAUCCAAGCAGCACUGUGACAGCAGUGAAGAAAGGAACCUCAGAAGCCAAACCAACCUUUUGUCCAACCCAACAAGUUGGUUUGAGAGAUGAUAUUCAUGAAAGAAAGUACAAUACUUCAGAAAGGCAAGAAAACAGGAAGUGUGAUUUCAUUCAGACAAGGCCACUACAACAAUUCACAGAUGUGACUCUAGGCUGUAAGGAUGGCAUGCAACAAUGCUCUGUCACUCUUCCAAUAGAAUUUAGUGAUACACCACACUUGUCCUGGUUCAGUACUAAGCAUGUAACAGCCCCAAAACUAUACAAUGAUCAAGAGAAUGGGAAUGACCUAGAAAAAAACAGGAUGUGUCAACUUAAGAAAGUAAACAUGCAUUUUACAAACACUUCUUCACACAGGAUUUCUGGAAGCAUUUUGAGUAAUGAUACUGAGCAGCAAUGGGGUAGUCGUCUGGUGAAGGAAACAACCCGCAACAUGAACCAGCUUUUCAUCAGAGAAGAUUAUUUCCCUGAUGGAAAGGAUAGCAACAAAAAUGCCUUUACAGAUGCAGGCUUCGGUGCAAUGAACUGUAAACCUUUAUCAGAGAUUGAUCACAAUUAUCAAGAAAGCUCCUCUACGCCAAGCCACAUAGAGACAGAAGAUAGCCCUAAGAAAUUGCCAAGUGAAAAGAAUAAAAACAAAACGUACAUCAAAAAUACAAAUACUGUUUCUAACAUUAAAAGAAUUGUUGAUGUUGCCUCAAACACUUCAGUAAAAUCCUCGUACCGACGCCCCAUUAAAUUUUUAAAGGUUCAUGAUGUUCCUUUGGAUGAUGUUGUUUCAAGUAGCAAACAAGAAAAACCCUUAAAAAUAAGUGGCCUUUACAGGAAGGACAGCCUCAUAAAGGCUCAACUUUAUGGAAAUCUACUAAAGUAAUAAUCCAGUGAAAAUAAUGGAUCUCCUGCUUGAUUGUAAAAGUUUGCAAACAAACAAGUUGUGGAUAUCUAGUUCAUGCUCUUGUAUUUUAGCAAUAAUUUUGAGCUUUAGGAACAAAAGUUUAACUGUGGAAACCAGGAUAAAUGUAGUGGAAGCAUCAUUACUUUGAAAGCAACAUGGACCCCAAACUUUUAAGUAGGAACAACUGGAAAUGGAGGGUCAGAAACAGUUGGCUGAGCUGGAGAUAUGGCGUCUACUCUCUCUGCCAUAAUAACUGGGCAAAGGGGUUUUACAAGUUAAAGCUAAAUUAGCCAAAAGCAUUCAAUCAAAUCUGAAAGGUUGUAAAACUCAUUUACCAACCAGGCCAAACAGGAAAUUAUAAAAUGAGGGAUAUUGACAUCUCAGAGCAAGCUAUAUGGUGAACAUACAAAUUUGGAGCAGAAGUAGACCCUUUGGGUCUGCACUGCUAUUCAAGCAAAUUUUUCCAUGGUCCCACUGAACCUUCAUAACCACUGGUUCAUGUCAUACCUGUCAUAAAGAAAGAUGGUUGUGGCUAUUGGAGGUCAGUUAACUCAGCUCCAGGCCAUCUCUGCAGGAGUUCCCCAGGCCUAUGUCCGAGGCUCAACCAUUUCUAGCUGCUUCAAACAUGACUUCUCACCAUUGCGAUGUUAAAGUUGGGGAUGUUUGCUGAUGAUUAUGCAACCUUCAGCACCAUUUGCAACUCCUCAAAUAUUGAAGCAGUCCAUUCAGCAAAGCAUUUGACAAGGUUCCAUAUGGGAUGCUGGUUAGUAUGGAUAGAUCACAUGGGAUCCAGGGGAGCUAGCCAAUUGGAUACAAAUUUGACUUGAAGGCAGGAGACAGAGGGUAAUGGUGGAGGGUUGCUUUUUGGACAAGACACCUGUGACUAGUGGUAUGCCACAAGGAUCAUUGCUCAGUCCACUGCUUUUUGCCAUUCGUAUAACUUAUUUGGUGUGAAUUUAUGUGGUAUGGUAGUUAGUUUGCAGAUGUCACCAAAAUAGGUCGUGUAGUGUACAGUGAAGAAGAUUACCUCAGCGUACAAUGGGACCUUGAUCAGAACCUUUAGAGGAAGAAAGUUAAAAAAAAACAAAUUUCUGAGAGAAAAUAAAUCUCCUCAUGUCUGUAUUAUAUGGGUUGACCCCUUAUUUUUAAACAGUGACUUAUGGUUGUACAUUCUCCCACAGGAGGAAUCAUCCUUUCCACAUCUAUCCUGUUAAGACGUCUCAGGUUCUGGAGAAAUUCAGAAGGUCUGGCAGCCUCUGUGGGGAGAAAGCAGAGUUAAUGUUUCUAAUCCAUUUACUAUUCAUCUGAACAGUUCUAGUUGGUGGGAAGCUGUCGAGGUGGAGGAGCAGCACAGAGUGAGGAUAAACCGACCAGAGUUUGGGGAUCGUGGUGUCGUCGACAGGAAGCUGUUGGAGGGUGGAGGAGCAGCACAGAGUGAGGAUAAACCGACCAGAGUUUGGGGAUCGUGGUGUAGUCGACAGGAAGCUGUUGGAGGGUGGAGGAGCAGCACAGAGUGAGGAUAAACCGACCAGAGCUCAGGGCACAUCGUAACUGGGGAAAAAAAGACUUGAGUGACAUCACAGGGAGGCUGUGACCUGAUUGGCUGGUGGAAAAUCUACACUAAGUUUGAAAAAGCACGCAGAAAACAAGUAUCAAUAAAUUUAAUUAACUCAAUAAGGUAACUAACUAAGUAUAAAUGGCUAGGUAGGUGAUGUGUUGUAGCUGUAUGCUGUGGGAGCUGGCUGGUCCCAUUGCAGAGUGCAGUGACCACAUCUGCAACAAGUGUUGGUUAUUCGAGAAACAUCAGUUCACAGUUGAUGAGCCGGAAUCUGAGCUUCAAACACUGAGGCACAUCCAAGAGGGGAAGAAGUACCUGGACACUGUGUUUCAGGAGGCAGUCACAUCUAGAUUAAGUACUUAAAAUUUGGUCAGUGGCCAGGGACAGCAGGGUGUGACUGUACGCAAGGCAGUUAGAGGGAUCCUGCAGUCAGAAACAGAGGACCCUCAGCUCUUGACCUUGUCCAAAAUGUGUGAGGUAUUUGCUCCAUGUGUAGAUGAGGAGAGGGGAUGCAGGGAGGACGAGCGAAUUGACCACUGCACCAUGGCACAGGAGGACAUUUAAGAGGGGGAUCAAAAAGACAAGUGGUAGUUGUAGGGGAUUCUACAAUCAGGGGAGUAGAUAGUAUCCUUUGUAAGCAGGAUCAAAAUCCCGCAUGGUGUGUUGCCUGCCCAGUGCCAGGGUAAGGGAUAUCUCUGACCGGCUUGAAAGGAUAUUGGUGCGGGAGGGGGAAGGAUCCAGUUGUUGUGGUCCAUGCCGGAACAAACAACAUAGGCAAGGCUAGGAAAGAGGAGCUGUUCAGGGAUUAUUAGGAGCUAGGAACAAAGUUAAGGAACAGGUCCUCUGGAUUACUGCCCAAGCCAUAUGCAAAUUGGUCUCAGGACACAAGAAUAAGGGAAGUAAACACAUGGCUAAAGGAAUAGUGUGCAAUAAAGGGAUUUUUUUUCUCAUGGGGCACUGGCAUCAGUAUUGGAACAGGAGGGAUUUGUAUCACUGGGACAGUUUCUAUCUGAACGAACUGGGACCAAUGUUCUAGCAAAAAGGGAAAAUAAACUGGUCAACAGGACUUUAAACUAGGAAGUGGGGAGGAAAGGAAGGGUAAAACUUCCCCUAGUGGGGAACAAAGCAACAGGCUACCAUCUGUAGGGAUGGAUUAAACUGUAUGGAAAAAUACGAAAAAUUGACCAGAAAGGAAAACUCAGGAGAGGUUAUUAAAGUCACCAGCACAGGCACAAGUAGGGCAGAGUGUUUGGAAAGGGUUAGGAAUCAAACUUCAAGGCCACUGGAUAAACAAUGACAAUGAGAAGUGGGAAGGUUAAUACAGGUGUUACAUCUGAAUGCACACAGUAUAAGAAAUAAGGUAAAUGAGCCUGUGGGUCAGAUCAAAAUGGGCAGAUAUGACAUGGUGGGCUUCAAUUGGUUCAGGAUUGGGAGCUGAAUAUCCAAGGAUAUACAUCUUAUCAAAAAGAUAGGCAGGUCGGCAGAGACGGGAUGGGAUAGCCUAAUUAGUAAGAAAUGAAAUUAAAUCACUAGCAAGAAAUGAUGCAGGGUCAGAUGAUGUAGGAUGAUGUAGGUAGAGUUAAUGAACUGCAAAGGUAAAAAAAGAGAUAGUUGGAGUUAUCUACAGGCCUCCAAACAGUAUUCAGGAGCUGGGGUGCAGAAUACAUCAGGAGUUAGAAAAAGUGUGUAAGAAAGACAAAGUUACACUGAUCAUGGGAGAUUUCAAUAUGCGCGUGGACUAGGAAAAUCAGGCUGGUAGUGAAUCGCAAGAAAGGGAUUUGUGGAACAUCCAUGACACAGCUUUUUGGAGCAACUUGUGGUGGACCCCACUAAGGAACCUGCAAUUCUGGAUUUAGUGUUGUGCAAUGAGGCAGACUUGAUAAGGGAGGUUUAGGUGAAGGAACCCUUAGGAGGCGGUGACCAUAACAUUAUAGAAUUUACUCUGCAAUUCGAGAGGGAGAAGGUGGAAUCAGAUAUAACAGUAUUACAAUUGAGUAAAGGCAACUACAGAGUCAUGAGAGAGGAGCUGGGCAGAAUUGACUGGGAGAAGAGCCUAGCAGGAAAGACAGUGGAACAGCAAUGGCAGGAGUUUCUAGGAAUAUUUCAGCAAAAAUUCAUCCCAGGAAAAAGAAGCAUGGUACGAGGAAGAUGAGGCAACCAUGGCUGACUAAGGAAGUCAGGGAUAGAAUAAGAGCAAAAGAGAAAGCAUACAAUGUGGCGAAGGGCAGUGGGAAGCCAGAGGAUUGGGAAGCUUACAAAGACAACAAAGGGUAAGAAAAAAAAUAAGGAGGGAGAAGAUUAAAUAUGAGGGUAAGCUAGUCAGUAAUAUAAAGGAGGACUAUAAGAGUUUCUUUAGAUGUAUAAAGUGCAAAAGAGAGGCAAAAGUGGACAUUGGACCUCUGGAAAAUGACGCUGGAGAGAUAGUUAUGAAGAACAAGGAAAUGUCUGGGAACUGUAUAAUUACUUUGCAUCAGACUUCGCAGUGGAAGACAUGAGUAAUAUCCCAAAAAUUCAACAGAGUCAGGGACAGAGCUGAGUAUGGUGGCAAUCACCAAGGAGGAAGUGCUAGAAAAACUGAAUGGCCUGAAGGUGGAUAAAUUCCCUGGAUCAGAUGGGCUACACCCAGAGUUCUUUAGGUGUUAGUUAAUGAGAUAGUGAAGGUGUUAGUGUUGAUUUUUCAGGAAUCGCUAGCGUCGGGAAAGGUACCAGAGGACUGGAAAAUCACUAAUAUGAGAGUCCUGUUUAAAAAGGAAGUAAGGCAAAAGAUGAAUAAUUAUGGGCCAAUUAGCCUAACCUCAGUCAUGGGUUAAAUUUUGGAGUCCAUUGUGAAGGAUGAGAUUUCUGAAUACUUAGGAGUGCAUGGUAAAAUAGGGCAAAGUCAGCAGGGUUUCAUCAAGGGGAGAGCAUACCUGACAAAUCUGUUAGAAUUCUUUAAGAAAGUAAUGGUAGGCCAAUGAGAACCAAUAGAUGUUUUCUAUCUGGACUUGCUGAGUACGAUAAGGGCCUAAGGUGUUACAGGCAAGGUGCUAGCAUGGAUAGAAGAUUGGCUCUCUGGCAGAAAGCAGAGAGUUGGCUUUAAAAAGAUCUUUCUCAUGAUGGCAGCCGCUAACAAGUGGUAUUCCACAAGGUUUUUCACUUUAUACAUAAAUGAUCUAGAUGAAGGAACUGAGGGCAUUCUGGCUAAGUUUGCAGACGAUACAAAGAUAUGAAUUGUCUGUUUUUGAAAGAAUAAGGAAUUAACAUAAUCACCUAAGGGGUAAGAGACUGCAGAGUUCCGAGAUACAAGGGAUGUUAAUGUUCCGAACGAAUCACAAGAGACGGACCGGUAGUAUUGGGGAGAUAGGAGAGCUGCAGAAAGACUUGGACAGGUUAGGAGAUUGGGCAAAGAAGUGGCAGAUGAAGUACAACUUGGGAAAGUACGAGGUCACGCAAUUUGGUAAGAAUAGAAGCAUAAACUAUUUUCUAAAUGGGGAGAAAAUGCAAUAGACUUAAGUGCAAAGGGACUUGGGAGUUCUAAUCCAGGAUCCUCUCAAGGUAAACUUGCAGGUUGAGUCAGUAGUUAGGAAGGCAAAUGCAACAUUGGCAUUUAUUUUGAGAGGACUUGAACAUAAAAACAGGUGAGUACAUUUAAGAAUGAGAUAGAUAAGUUCUUGAUUGUCAAGACGAUCAAGGGUUACAGACAGAAAGCGGGAGAAUGGUGUUAAGAAAUGUAUCAGCCAUGAUUGAAUGGCAGAGAAGACUCGAUGGGCUGAAUGGCCUAAUUUUUGCUCCAAUGUCUUAUGCUAUUAUGGACUUGAAACAUUAACUCUAUUUUAUCUCCACAGAUGUUGCCAGACCUGGGUUUCUCUAGCUAUUUCUGUUUUUGAUUCAAAUUUACUGCAUCUGUACUUCUUUGUUUUAUUCCCCAAGGUUAUGUGUUUCAAUUCAAUCUUCUAAACUCCAACAGAUACAAGCUGAAUCUAUCUAACUUUUUAUCAUAAGACAACCUGUCUAUUCCAGGUUUUAGGCUAGUAAAUAUUAUCUGAACUUAUUCCAAAACGUUUACAUCCUUUCUUAAAUAAGGAGGUCACUGUACACAGCACCCCAAAAGUAAGAUAACUGAAACAUACUCUCCCUACUUUUGUAUUCAUUUUUCUUUACAAUCAUUGAUAACACUCUAUUAGAUUUCCUAACUGCUUACUUUACCCACAUAUCAAUCUCUUGUGAUUCGUUCGGAACAUUAACAUCCCUUGUAUCUCGGAACUCUGCAGUCUCUCACCCCUUAGGUGAUUAUGUUAAUUCCUUAUUCUUCUUUCAAAAACAGACAAAUCAUAUUUUUCUGCAUUCCAUUCUAUUAGCUGGAUCUUUGCGCACCCAUUUGACCUAUCCAUAUCCCUUUGUAACUUCCUUAUGUUCUCUUCACAACUUAUGUUCCUGACUCUUCCAGGGAUGCCUAACCUGAAGAAAUUACCCUCCUCCCUCCGAAGCUUUUGUGCUCCUAAGAUGCUGCUUGGCCUGCUGUGUUCGUCCAGCUCCGUACUUUGUUAUCAGUAAUCCUGUGUUACUCUUGUUUAUGGGUGAAGAGAUUGAACUACCAAGACAUGAACAAUUAAUUAGUCAGUGCAAGUUAACAGAGUUUUGAGGGGUCUUCAAUGGCUAGAUCUUCAAAACUGAAUAAUAGGAAAACUUUACAUAGGAGACAGAGCAAUUAAUAAAAUUUAGUGACCCGCUCUCACCAAUAUCUGCAAGGGACUGGUCUUCACCUCAAUGACCAUUUAAAUGUAGAGUGUAGUGUGUUCAACCAGCUUGUUUAUUAAUUCAUAUUUACCACAUACUAAUCCCGAAUGUUCAGGUCUAAAUUGUACAAAUGCAGUGUGUAUAAUUUACAUCCAUUAUUUUAACUGUUCAGUAUACUUAUUUAGUCAUUAUUGCUUGUGUUUGUUUUUUCAAAUUUAUCUCACAGAAAUUUUGUGCAUUUCAGUUCACAAUCCUGGAAUCCUGCCACUGAUAUUCUUACUCUUGAUUCUUUAAUGCAUUCUAUCCUUCAAAAGAUUAUGGUCUGAAAAGCCAGAUUUAUGUUAUAUCUAUAAUGCUGUUACUUGUCCAGUACUUUCAUAAAUAGGAUCGCAACAUGUAAUCAUAGUAGCCAAGAUCACCUGAUUUUGAGGCUGCAAAUAUAACAAGCAAUUCCUAGAGAUUUUUAUUCUACCAAACCGAAUAAGUUGAAUUCUUAAAUUUCAAGGUGAAAACCAAAACUUAUGUAUUUCUUACUUACAUAUAGUGAAUCAUAAAGCAGACUGCACUUUGUAUACAAAGUAAUUAUUUGAAAGUAUUAGAGAGUCAUAGAGUCAUGCAGCAUGGAAACAGCUCAUUUGUCCCAACUCGUCUGUGCCAAGCAGGAUUCCUAAACUGAACUAGUCCCAUUUGCCUACUUUUGGCCCAUAUCCCUCCAAACCUUUCCUAUCCGUGUACCUGUCCAAAUGUUUUUUAAAUGCAAUAAUUGUAUUCACCUCUACCAUUUCCUCUGGCAGCUCAUUCCAUAUAUGCACCAUCCUCUGUGUGAAAAAGUUCUCCCUCAGGUCCCUCUUAAAUCUUUCCCCUCUGACCUUAAACCUACGCCCCCUAGUUUUUGGGAUUGCCUACUGUGGAGAAAAGACCUUAGUCUACUCACCUUAUCUAUGCCCUUCACGACUUUAUAAACCGCUAUAAAGGUCACCCACAGCCUUCUACAUUCCAGGGAAAGAAAUCCCAGCCUAUCCACACUCGAAGUCUCCUGUCCUGUUAGCAUCCUUGCAGAUUUUUUUAUCUCCCUUUUCAGUUUAAUAACAUCCUUCCUAUUGCAUUUGCACAAAAAUCAUAACCUUUCCAACUUCAAAACUCAAGGACAUGGAUAGGGCAAAUAGACAAGGUCUUCUCCCUAGGGUGGGAGAGUCCAAAACUAGAGAGCAUAGGUUUAAGCUGAGGGGGAAAGAUUUAAAAGGGGCCUAAGGGACAACUUUUCAAACAGAGGGUCGUGUGUGUAUGGAAUGAGCUACUGGAGGAAGUGGUGAAGGUUGGUACAAUUACAACAUUUAAAAGACAUCUCGAUGGAUAUAUGAAUAGGAAAGGUUUACAGGUUUUGGGCCAAAUGCUGGCAAAUGGGACUAGAUACAUCUAGGAUAUCUGGUCGGCAUGGACAAAUUGGACCAAAUGGUCUGUUUCCAUGCUGUACAUCUCUAAUGACAAAGGAAGAAUGUAGGAAAACUGAAAUUGGCAGGUUUUCUGUGAGGUUGCAUUCAGAUGUUAAGGAAUACUAGACUAAAAGUCAGCAAACUUAUAUUACUUCUGAUUCCUUCGUUUCCACAGUCAAACAAAUGGCACUGAAAUGUGCCAAAAAUAACUGAGCAGCUUGAAGUUCAAAGCACCAACAAUUUUGUAUCCUGAGCCAUCAAUAAAAAUAUAUUGCUUGCUAAGAUUUUAGAGAUUAAUCUGCAUAGCUCAUUGUUCAAUUUGAUUGUCUUAAUUGUCUUAAUGAAUGGAAUGGAUGUUUACUUUUCUGGGCAGUUCUUCAUCUGCUAAAGUAGAAUUGAAACAAAUAUACUUAAGUCUUUAUUUUCCUAUUACGCUGUUGGGUGAAGAAUUUAUUAAAAAGUUGAGUUGCAAAGUAAAUCCAACUGAAUGAAAAGUCUUAUGAAAAGUAAAUUCAAGUUUAAGGAUUUCCCACAGCUGAAGAUACUUUAUGUUUUUCAACUCUCGGGUCAGCUAUUAAAUCUAGUGACCUGUUUUACUACCAACAGAUGAAACUUCUAAGAUCUGGAUAUAACUGCCCUACCCUGUUUUAUUUAGUGACAUUUGGAGGCCAUGAAUAUAUGGGGUUGUUCUCAUUUCCAGCCAGACAGUAGUGGCUCUGUGAUAACAAGGUGUAGAGCUGGAUGAACACAGCAGGCCAAGCAGCAGGAAAGCUGGCGUUUUGGGCCUAGGCCCUUCUUAAGAAAAUGAAAUAGUGGCUCUGUGUCAGCGGACUUUGCAUCAACUUUCUGGCUGAUUGUAGAACAAAAUCAAGAUGAUAGGAUAUCUGAGCUCCAUAGGAUUUUACAAUUGUAACGAUGUUACCAAGCAACUUCAACUUGAACUUCAGCAUCAUUUUGUACAGAACAUUAUCUCACCUUACGUAUUGUCUAUUGUUCUAAAUAAUCCCAUGAUCAUUUCUAAACCGCAAAAUGUAUGUACUCGACAUGGUGACUGGAGCCAAAGAAAACAUUUUUGUGGAACGUGAAAGGACAUCCUAUUCCUCCCAGUCUAGAAAGAAGAAGCAACUUUGAUGAUCCUAUUUAGUCAAACUACUGGUUGGCAUGCAUGACCAUAUGUGUCAUAAUUAGUAUUGUAAAUGGACUUUACAACCUGACUUCGGUUUUCUACAAAUAUCUGGCUGUAACCUAGGAAACAUUGUAAUGGUGACAAUGGGUCAUUUUAGAUCUUUUACUAUCAUUUUUAAGACGAGUAACACUUAACUUUUAAAUUUUGUGCCUGGAGGAAAUGAAGUUCAAGUUUUCUGUCAAGAAUUCUACCCCAAAAGAUUUUCAAUUUUAUAGUUCCCAGUGUUUCAAAGACCUCCUAAAAUUGUAGUUUUUCAACAAUGCCACCAAUCUUGCACUUUCCAGCUGUUCCAACUUUUUUUUCCUGUCUAUUAUCUUAUCUUUUUCACCCUUAUGAUUGCUUCAUGUUAAGAGUACUAUGCAAAUUCUGUUGAAGUAUAAUAGUAUUUAUCUAAUGUAUUGAGUCCUAGUCCAAAAAAUGUAAUCUUUAAGCUGCCCUUAAGAGCAAUAACUAUGUACUACUUAAAACAUAAACUGAUCUGAAAUUAUAUUCACACUCAUUUUGUUGUGUAUUGCUCUAUUCAUUGGCACCUAUUCUUUAUAUGUA